GGAAAAGUGGCCGUUAUUAAACAGGAUCAGGAUGAGGUCGGCUGAUGAUGCCACUCUAGACGAGCUCCUGUACAGCACCUUCAGUGACCACAGCGGGGGCGGGGCCGAGCCUUUAGGCCAAUCAGACGGCUCCGUCAGGGACGACACAUCUACACCCAGUCCGUCGGUGGCAGCAGCUCCUCCGGUGUGUGGCGGGUGUGGUGAGCGGGUCAGUGACAGGUUCGUGUUGUUGGCGGCUGGGCAGGCCUGGCACGGGGCGUGUUUACGCUGCAGUAGCUGCCACUGUGAGCUCCAGUCACACUCCUCCCUCUACUGCAGAGACGGGAACAUCUACUGCCAGCAGGACUACUGCAGUCUUUUUGGAGUUGGAAGAUGCGCCCGCUGUUCUCAACCAAUCCCCUCCUCUGCUUUGGUCAUGAGGUCUGGCGACAUGACCUUUCACCUACACUGCUUUUCCUGUCAGGAAUGUGACGUCACUCUGCUGCCAGGUAACCUGUACUGUGUUGAGGGGCGGAGCCUGUACUGUCAAUCACACUACCAACCAGACGGAACGACACUGUCCCUCCAUUCCAGCUCUCAGGGAGAAGCCGAGGAGCCGGUGAGCAGCCCUGAGCCCCGAUUGGAGGAGAGGGCCCGAGGGGGCGGGGCCUGUCGGCGGGUGAAGAGGAUGAGGACGUGUUUUAGGCGUGAGCAGCUGAGAGCACUGGAAGCGUACUUCUCUCAGAAACACAACCCAGACGGUAAAGACUGGGUCAACCUGUCCAACCACACCGGCCUGCCCAAGAGAGUCCUACAGGUGUGGUUUCAGAACGCCCGGGCGAAGCUCCGGCGCUCGCUGUCCUCCGACACCGCCGUCUCCACGUUCUCCUCCGGGGACGAAACCAUGGCGACCGUCUCCAUGGCGUCCUCUCAGGAUGCUCCACCGCACCAGACCAGCACCAUCGACCAGCUGGAGCUCUCCUUACUCACCGCCCCCAUCAGUGAAGCUUCCCCGCACCACGCCGUGAACCUCAGCAGCCCCACAGAACCAUACAAAGACCUGGCCUUUCUGGACUACACUACCCAGAAUUCCCACUUGCUCUCUGCUUUGGGAGACAUUGAUCUUGAAGCUGGAUUUAUAAUGGAGUAAUACUGAGACUGGCCUUUAUGCAAUCUGUCAGAAGUCAGACGUUUGAGGACAUCAUAGAUUCAAGAUUUCAGUUAAUUAGCAUUGACGUGAAAUACAAACACUGUGAUCAAACAAACAAACAGCUCUGGAAAAAAACAAAAGACCACCUAAAAAUGAUGAGUUUCUCUGAUUUUACCAAAUUGAAAACCUCUGGAAUAUAAUCAAGAGGAAGAUGGAUGAUCACAAACCAUCAAACCACCAAACUGAACUGCUUGAAUUUUUACACCAGGAGUAAAGCAGCAUAAAGUUAUCCAAAAGCAGUGUGUAAGACUGGUGGAGGAGAACAUGAUGACAAGAUGCAUGAAAAAAAAUGUGAUUAAAAACAACCAGGGUUAUUCCACCAAAUAUUGAUUAUUUCUGAACUCUUAAAACUUUAUGAAUAUGAACUUGUUUUUUUUUUUGCAUUAUUUAAUGCAAUUUGUUAUUUCAGCCAUUUCUCCUCAUUUUCUGCAAAGAAAUUCUCUAAAUGACAAUAUUUAUAUUUGGAAUUUGGGAGAAAUGUUGUCUGUAGUUUAAAUAGCAAAAUCAGAGAAACUGAUUAAGAAACUGAAGUGCUCUUUUAAUUCUUUUCCAGAGCUGUAUAAUACUUAUUGCACUGUGCGUAGAAUCAAAUACACUAAAUAAUUAGAUAUAAAAGCCUCACAAACAGACAUUGGUUUAAUGUGCUACCU